AUGGGAAAUUGUUGCGGCAACCCGGGUUCGGCGACGAGCGAGAGCAAACAAGUGAAACCCAAGAAGAAAAACAAUCCCUUUUACAGCAGCGAGUGCGCUGCAGCAAAUGGAUCUGGAGCUGGCUUCAAGCUCUCUGUGCUGAAAGACCCCACAGGGCAUGACAUAUCCUUGCAGUAUGAUCUGGGACGCGAGGUUGGUCGAGGAGAGUUUGGUAUAACUUACCUGUGUACUGAUAUCGAAACUGGAGAAAAGUAUGCUUGCAAGUCCAUAUCCAAGAAGAAGCUGAGAACAGCAGUGGAUGUAGAGGAUGUGAGGAGGGAGGUUGAGAUAAUGAAGCACAUGCCUAAACACCCGAAUGUCGUCACUUUGAAAGAUUCCUUUGAGGAUGAUGAUGAUGUGCAUAUAGUUAUGGAGCUGUGUGAAGGAGGUGAACUGUUUGAUCGGAUUGUUGCGAGAGGGCAUUACACUGAGCGAGCUGCUGCUGCGGUUAUGAAGACUAUUGUUGAAGUUGUUCAGAUAUGUCAUAAGCAGGGAGUGAUGCAUCGGGAUCUUAAACCAGAGAACUUUCUUUUUGCGAAUAAGAAAGAGACAUCACCUCUUAAGGCCAUUGAUUUUGGAUUGUCUGUCUUCUUUAAACCUGGUGAACAGUUUAAUGAGAUUGUUGGAAGUCCUUAUUACAUGGCACCCGAGGUGCUGCGACGAAACUAUGGACCUGAGAUUGAUGUCUGGAGCGCAGGAGUCAUCCUCUAUAUCCUUCUUUGUGGUGUCCCUCCAUUUUGGGCUGAGACUGAACAAGGAGUGGCUCAAGCGAUCAUUAGGUCAGUAAUUGACUUUAAGAGAGAUCCAUGGCCAAGAGUUUCUGACAGCGCCAAAGAUCUCGUGAGAAAGAUGCUUGAGCCUGAUCCAAAAAAACGGCUUACCGCUGCAGAAGUACUUGAACAUUCUUGGAUAGUGAAUGCAAAGAAGGCUCCAAAUGUCUCUCUUGGUGAGACUGUGAAAGCAAGGCUCAAGCAGUUUUCUGUUAUGAACAAGCUCAAGAAACGAGCUCUACGAGUCAUAGCUGAACAUUUGUCAGUGGAGGAAGCAGCUGGGAUAAAGGAAGCAUUUGAAAUGAUGGACGUAAACAAGAGAGGCAAGAUAAACCUCGAGGAGCUUAAAUAUGGACUUCAAAAAGCUGGACAACAGAUCGCUGAUGCCGAUCUUCAGAUUCUUAUGGAAGCGACUGAUGUUGAUGGGGAUGGGACACUGAACUAUAGCGAGUUUGUGGCUGUUUCGGUGCACCUUAAGAAGAUGGCGAAUGAUGAACACUUGCAUAAAGCUUUCAACUUCUUUGAUCAGAACCAGAGUGGUUACAUAGAGAUAGAAGAACUUCGUGAAGCCUUGAAUGAUGAGCUGGAUGAUAAUAGCAGUGAGGAAGUUAUCGCUGCCAUCAUGCAAGAUGUUGAUACCGACAAGGACGGGCGUAUAAGCUAUGAAGAGUUUGCGGGGAUGAUGAAAGCAGGGACAGAUUGGAGAAAAGCGUCAAGGCAGUAUUCGAGGGAAAGAUUCAACAGUUUGAGCCUCAAGCUAAUGAGAGAUGGUUCCUUGAAAUUACCAGGAGAGACCUAA